AUGGGCGAGCUCCGUGAUGUCACUAUCCAAUAUGUAAGCGUUACUGACCCUACGGAACAAGCUGCUAGAAAACAAAGGGUUAUCCAAGGAGAGGCCCGAAACCUAAUGGCGGAGACAGCCUCCCAAAUCAUCACAAACGGUACAAUCGCAAACAGAGAGUUUGAAGAGAGGCAACCUGAUUUGAGUCAAGACUUCCCGCGACACCCAGCUUUAACUGCUAAGCGUAGAGAGGGAACAGAAAAGAAAAAACGAGGCUGUCCUCCAAUCAACAAAGCUGCAAGCAAAGGACAAACACAACUGUUAGGUGCUAAAUCCAGCAAGAGAAACAAGGUGCUCAUUCAAAACUCACCUAAGCGAAGAACCAAUCCUGAGAACCAUACAUCCCAUGGUGGAGAGAACACUGUGAACAACGACACUGGAGGACAGGUUCGCAGACUCCGGGAGUUACAUAAACGUUUCUCCCCAGACAUAAUUUUCCUCAUGGAGACAAAGAAUGCUGAUGACUUUGUUCUCACUAAACUCAAAGGUCUAAACUACUCAGCAAUCAAACUCGUAUCACCUCAUGGCCAGGGAGGUGGGGGUCUUGCUCUCCUCUGGAAAAAUCAUAUUGAACUCAAGGUUCUCCAGGAAAGCCUAAACUUCAUUGAUACAUCCAUCAGAGCAGAAGGAAAAAGCUUCUUCGCAACCUUCAUCUGUGGUGAACCUGAUAAGGCAAAGCGGAAACUAGUGUGGGAUCAGAUAACUGAUAUAGGCAAAGUGAGAAGUGAACCAUGGCUGUUAACAGGAGGGUAUGAUUCCACAACGGUGCAGGAGGCGCUGUCUCCUUGCAUCUCUGAGGAUACAAACCAAAGCCUGAUCUCCCUGCCAUCACAAGAAGAGAUCAAGGCGGCUUGCUUCUCCAUUCAUGCUGACAAAGCCCCGGGGCCAGAUGGAUUUUCUGCCAGCUUCUUUCAAUCGAACUGGCAAACAGUGGGAACUCAGAUCAUCACUGAAGUCCAGAGUUUCUUAUCCACGGGUGUCUUAACAAACAAUAUAAACAAGACAUAUGUUCGCCUGAUCCCUAAAAUCACAAGUCCAAAGAAAAUGUCAGACUAUAGGCCCAUUGCCCUGUGCAACGUAUACUAUAAAAUCAUUUCAAAAAUCCUUACCAGAAGGCUGCAACCCAUCCUGCACAUGAUUGUGUCAGAGAACCAAUCCGCCUUUGUCCCGGGAAGAGCCAUCUCCGACAAUGUUCUCAUAACACAUGAAGUCCUCCAUUACCUACAUGCCUCCACAACAAAACAAAGAUGUUAUAUGGCAGUUAAAAUUGACAUGAGCAAGGCUUAUGACAGGAUUGAAUGGGAAUUUAUAUCUAAGGUAUUGGAACGACUAGGAUUUCACCCUACCUGGACAAACUGGAUCAUGCAAUGUGUUACCACUGUGAGCUAUUCCUAUCUCUUAAAUGAGUCAGCACAAGGACUGGUAACCCCCAAGCGCAGUAUUAGACAGGGAGACCCGCUAUCCCCCUAUCUCUUCAUCCUGUGUAGUGAAGUACUGACUGGCCUAUGCAAGAAAGCUCAGGAUGAGAAAACGCUUACAGGAAUCAAAGUUGGGAAACACAGUCCAAGGCUCAGCCACUUACUCUUCGUAGACGACACCAUGUUCUUCUGCAAAACGGACCAACAAAACUGCAACACUUUGCAACGAAUCCUUCACGAGUAUGAACGAGCAUCAGGAAAAAUGAUAAACGCAGCAAAGUCUGCGAUCACUUUCUCUGCUAAAACAACCCCUGAAACAAAAAACAGAAUCAAAUCUCAUCUGGGGAUCCAAAGAGAGGGAGGACUUGGUAAAUAUUUGGGGCUCCCUGAACUCUUUGGCAGGAAAAAGAAGGACCUGUUUACAGCAAUAGUGGAUAGAAUCCGCCAGAGAGCUUGCAGUUGGUCCUCCCGCCGUCUCACUGUCGCGGGGAAAACAACAAUGCUAAAGUCGGUACUAGCUGCAAUGCCAACAUACUCCAUGUCCUGCUUUAAGCUCUCCUGCUCCCUGUACAAGCGUAUACAGUCAGUCCUAACUCGCUUCUGGUGGGACUCGAGCAUGGAGAAAAAGAAAAUGUGUUGGGUUGCCUGGGAGAAACUUACAAGAGCAAAAGGAGAAGGAGGCCUAGGUUUUCGCGACUUACAGUGCUUCAAUGAUACACUCCUGGCCAAAGUAAGCUGGAGAAUCUUGACAAAACCCAAAUGCUUGUUAGCCAGAGUCCUCCUUGGUAAAUACUGUUACAAAACCCCUUUUCUAGAAAGCAAACCCCCGUCUUCGUCCUCCCAUGGCUGGAGAGGCAUCCUUAUUGGUAAAGAGCUCCUGAAAACACAGUUGGGAAGAGUAAUUGGUAACGGGUUUGACACCCUUAUCUGGAAAGAUCCUUGGAUCUCUCUUACCUCCCUAACGGUGCCAAUGGGACCAGCUCCUCAAGAUUCAGCAAACCUAAAGGUCCACCACCUGAUAUCUCCGGAGACACUGGACUGGGACAAAGAAAGAGUGAUGCAAACUCUCCCAGGAUAUGCAGAUCAAAUCCUGGAGAUCAAAUUAAGUACAUUGGGGGGAAAAGAUAGCUACGCUUGGCUAGCCACAACAUCCGGAACCUACUCCACAAAGUCGGGCUACUAUGAGAGCAUUGUUCAGCAACCGACGCCUACCCUGCUGCAGGAUACGUUUAAAGAUUUCAAAUGGAAAGAGCACAUAUGGAGUAUAAAAACAUCCCCGAAGAUCAAAUUUUUUCUAUGGAAAUUAAUGAGGGAAGCCUUACCUGUGGGAGAGAAUCUCAAAUCCCGACAAGUCAAUCUGACGGCCUACUGCCCUUUCUGUGCGGGUGAAGAAACCUCAACCCACCUUUUCUUCUCCUGCCCCUACGCAAAACAGGUUUGGGAACAGACCCCGGUCCAACAUCAGAUCCAAUCAGAUAUUUUCACCACAAAUGUAGAGGCGUUUGGAACUCUCCAGAAAAGUAUAUGCUUACCGCCAACCGGGAUUGGACAAGGCCCCCUUUACCCCUGGAUAUUGUGGAAAAUCUGGACUGCUCGCAACCAUCAAAUCUUUGAGAAAAGUCAUGACCCUCCAAACGUAAUAGUAUGA